AUGGCCCCAGACUUCAAGACAUACCUCUCUACAGAGAUCUUGUCCGAGCAGAGAACCGUCUCAUACCGCGUUCUAUCACGAGCACUCAAAGUGCAUGUCAAUGCAGCGAAAUGCAUGCUCUUCGAGUUUCAUAAGAAGGAAAAUCACAAGAAAGCCGGUUCUGUUUAUGCAACCUACCUGAUAUCUGGUAUCAAGAAAAAUCGUGUCCUAGCAGGUGACGAGAAUGCAACUCCCCAAGAGUCGGGCAAGGACACGGCCGUGCUGUCUGAUUCCUUCUUGCCAUCAAGCUCCAUGCCAGAAGCUUCGCAGGCCACCGAGAGGCUCGAUGAACGCUACCAAGUCCCAAUCAAGACGGUUACAUUGUGCAGAGAAGAGGACUUGGACGCUGUGAAGUCACAGUUUGAAAAGAUCACAUCCAUACACGUUUAUGCCUUGUCACCGUCGCAUUAUCACGCAAAACAAGAUCCUCUGAUUCAUAACAAAGAUUAUGGCACAAUACAAAAUCCACACGUAAAGAGAAGGCCAGGAAAACGACCUAUUGAUGUCGAUAUACUACAACCGAAACCGCUGUCUAAAGUCGAGCCCGCGAAGCUAGACGAUGUCAAGCCUGUAUCAAAACCGAGUGCGAAGAAGGAGGAAACACCAACGGUAACGUCUAGACCAGGUUCCAAGGGCAGCACAACCACAGACAAUUCCACCUCGAAACCAAAACCGGGUCUUAGGAGAGAUGGGUCGUCUCUUUUCAAGGCUUUUGCUAAACAGUCUGCGAAACCAAAGCUCGAACGAAAGGAUACGUCCAUUUCUGCAGGCAGUGAUGCAAAGAUGGGUGGUAUGGAUGACAACGACGAGGGUGUGUCUGAAGAUGAGGCUGUCUUCUUGGAUACUGGAACCACGAAUGUCAAAAAGAGACCAACAAGUGAGAUACGGAAGGAGAAGGACGAAAGACAAGCCAAGCUGCGCAAGAUGAUGGAAGACGAUGCAGAAGAAUGCGAAGUGCCAAGGGUCGCUGAUGCUACCGACAUGCAAGCUGAACCACCUGCUGCGAAAUCGAAUGAAGAUCCCGACGCGCCCGAUGGAGAUAGUGGCCAAGUCGAUUGGCCUGACUCAGACACAGAAGGGAAGCACAAGCAACCCGAGCAAGAUGACCAUGGUCCAAAGAGGAGACGUGGUAAAAGGAAAGUGAUGAAGAAAAAGACGGUAAAAGACGAGGAAGGAUUCCUGGUGACACGAGAGGAAGAGGCCUGGGAGAGCUUCUCCGAGGAUGAGCCAGAACCAGUACCUGCCAAGAAAUCCGCAUUACCACCCUCGAAGGUGAUGGCGGCGAAGAAUCAGCCCCAGAAGUCGUCUGCCCCCAAAACAAAUGCUGGUGCUGGUGGGAAGAAAAAAGACAUCAUGAGCUUCUUUGGAAAGAAGUAG